CGAGAAUCACUGAAUACCAACGGGUCAAAUGGUCACCAUGCUCGCUUACAAAACGAUGAGAACACACAGGUCAUUACGGCUUUUCUACAACAUUUCACGUCAAAUCAACAAUUUAAACAGAGAAGGAUAUACAGUUAGAUCAUGUGUAUCGUUUAUGCGGCUAAAAAGAGAAUACAGCUCUGCUGCCGAGCAGCUACAGGAACCUCAAGUUCAGGGCUCAGAGAAGGUAUACCCGCCGAAAAUUGAAAAAAUUGUGGAUGAAAUUAGUCAGUUAACUUUAUUAGAAGUGUGUGACUUGAAUGAACUUCUGAAAACGAGACUAAAGAUAAAAGAUGGACCCGUUAUGGCAAUGGCGGGACCCGCUGUUGCAGCACCCAAGGAAGAGGACGAUGAGGAGGUUGCUCCAAAGAGAGAGAAGACGGCAUUCACCGUCAAACUAGUGAAAUUCGACGACGCUAAGAAAAUCACUCUUAUCAAGGAACUCAAAAACAUCAUUCCUGACAUUAAUCUUGUACAGGCGAAAAAAUUUGUGGAAGCUGUUCCGCAAAUUGUUAAAGCAGAUAUCAUGAAAGAGGAGGCAGAAAAAUUGAAAGCAUCAAUAGAAGCUGUUGGAGGUGUUGUUGAGCUUGAGUGAGGGUGUGUACAAUCUGGAACUCAGAUUUAGAAUAGACUGCAACAUAAACAUCAUUUUACUGUUGACAUUGUGAACUUGUGUUGAGAGUUGUAUCUCUGUUUGUAUCAUUUUAUGCAUAGUGACCAUUGAAAAAAUGAAUUAAAGAGCAUGAUUAUGAUCAAAAUG